AUGCCGUGGACACAAGCCUCGUUUCUUGCGGGGCAGUCAGGGCAGUCCAGGCUCCAGAAGUCGAUUGCAGGCAAGAGUGAAGAAGCAACUGACCAAGCCAAGUUGCCAGAAGUUGUUGCAAAUGAUGGGCCAAGGCCCAUGCUGCGUCCUGAGCCUCUUGUGCCAGACGACACUGCUUUGUCUGCAUUUCUUCCGCCACCUCCGUUGCUGAUUUCGCCAGAGCCUCCGACCCCUUCGCGUGUGAAUCCUUCGCUUGGCCGAACUGCUGGGCCUGCCACACCGGCCGACAUGCUUCCUGCAUUGUCACCUGUUCCGGAGUCUCCAGCUCCGAUGCUGGUUGAAGAGAGUGCAAGCGCUGGCGGGGAUGCGCCAAUACCACCUGCUGCUGCGAGCAGCAGCGAUGGAUCUGCUGCGACCGGCGAAAUAGUUCGCCCAGCGCUUGUGCAGGCCGAGCCACCAGCCAGAAAGCGGCUGAGGCUAGAUGCUGUUCAGACAGAUGCCAGUGGCAAUCAGUUGUUUCAUCAAGAUGAAGACGUUAUCCUUGAAGGUGAGGUAGCCGAAGAAUAUCUUGAAUGCACUGAUGCAGCUGAUUGGGUUGAGUAUGAAAGUGAAGCCGAGCUUGAGGACGCUUACUACCAAAAGCGUGCGCACAUGGAGGCCAAAGGUCUACAAAGGAUCGAAGUUUGGCUGAGGCGUUCUCGCCUCGUGGCACGAGAGUAUGCACACUUAGGUCCCGAUAGGCCUGGGUUGUUUUGCCCGACAACGAACCAGAUUAUGCUGCGUGUGAUUGCAGCGCUCUUCUUGAGACGCCGUGAGGAAGGCUGGUCGAUGCUAGCGCUCGAUGUGAGCGAUGCUUUUCUCCAGUGCAGCCAGCAGCACCCGACGAUCACCCGGAUAGGUGAUAAGUGGUUCAAGUUGUGGCGUAUGCUCCCGGGACAGCGGGACGGCAGCGUGACAUGGUACAAUGAUUUUACAAAUGAAAUGAAAGUCGCUGUCGGAGUCGAAUUGCUUCCCGAAAGCCCCGCAUUGUUCAGGCUGCCCAGUGGAGCAGGCGGAGGCUAUGUGCAUGUGGACGACAUGCUGGCCGCAGGCCAGACCGAAAGGUUGCAGGUUCUUGAAAGUCACUUGAAGUCAAAGUUUAAAGUGUCUAGCGAGUGGAUUGAGCACAUAGGGGAUCAAGUAUCUUUCUUGAAAAGGCGCCACAUCCUUGUAAGCCCCACCUUGCUAGUGAUAGAGCCUGACAUCAAAUACCUUGAUCGCCUCAUGCAAGUCACCGGGUUAGCAAAUGCAAAGGAAAGGUUCAAAGCAGCUCCGUUCCCGACCGGAGGUCUGCCCACCGAGCUUGAAUCUGAUCGUGAGCUAGAUGCAGCCACUGCCAGCCGGUAUCGCUCAGGUGUCGGUAUCCUCGCUUAUAUGUCUUCAGACCUUGUGGCGUGCCAAUUUGCGAUUCGAUACCUGACUACCUAUUCUCACUCGCCCACAGAAGGAUCAUGGAAGUUGUUGCGGCACGUUGCAUGGUACAUCAAUUGCCACCGCAACCAUGUGAUCGGGCUCUCGAAGCCUGUGUCUGGCAAGGGCCUCAUCUGCGAUAGGUCCCGCGAGGAGAAUUCUACCGUGCUUGAAGUUUGUUCAGACUCAGACUGGAGCGGCUGCAAAAGGACAAGGAAGUCUGUGAGCUCUUGUGCGAUUCUCUGGGACAACAUGUUGCUAUAUGCACAUAGCAAAACCCAGAAGACCAUCAGCUUGAGCAGCGCAGAAUCGGAGUACAAUUCCCUUGUGUCCGCUGCAGCAGAAGGUAUUUUCUUGUCAGCAUGCAUCCGGUUCCUCCUUCCUGAAUACACGCUUGAGCAGAUUUGCCUUGUAGACAACUACUCAGCAUGUCGAGCCCUGGCGUGCCGACAAGGAGUUGGGAAAAUGCGCCACAUCAGUGGCAAGCUUCUUUGGCUUCAGCAAAAGACCAAGGACAAUGUGCUGUCCGUAGGGCCGAUCCCUACAGCUGAAAACGUGUCGGACCUCGGCACAAAGCCACUGAAGGCAGAGCGGAUUGAGAAGCUGCUAGGCAUGAUUGGAAUCAGAUGCGCAGACAGCAGCUAUGCUGUUGUUGGGGAGUCCUAUCUCCUCUCGGCGCGAGACAAACUGCAUGUCUCCCGAGUCGUCAAGCAAGGAGGGCUCAGUGCCCAGCAAAUCAUACAGGUUCUAGCAAUGCUUCUCCAAGUUGAUCGCGUCGCAAGUGCAAACGAUGAGCCCAAUACGCAAAAUGCCGAGGACGCCUUGAGCCAGGACGACGACAAUCUUGGAGUGUUUGCACAGAUUCUUGAAUGGUUUGUGUACAUGUGUUACCUUGUGCACGAUUUUGCACUUGAGCAUCCGACCGGGAUCAUGCUGAUCGUACAACUGCUGAUCUUGAUUAUGUUGUGCUGCACACUGUCAAGUCGCAAUCGCGUUGCAGUGUUGAGGCAGCAAGCUGAGAGUGAGCAAAGCAGUGCGGCGAGCAGCGGCACACCAACGCCGAGUGUUGCCGUGCACGUGAAAGUUGAAGGUUCCACGGUUUCGCUAGCUAGUCCCGAACCUGCCGGAAACCCUAAAGCUAGCCAGCCCACUGCAACUGGUGCCAGCGCGGCAGCGCAUGCCGAUGAGCGUUCCAGCGGCGCGAGAGCGCACGCCGAUGAUCAUGAUGUUCCGGACCCCAGCGCAAGCUCUUCAAAUGCCAGUGUGAUGCCGAAAGCAAUGUCUUUCCCUCCUCCGAGGCAUGUUAUCGAUGAGUUGAGGGCCGAGCAACUUGUGUGGGUUACCAAAUCCAGAGGCAAGUCGUACCAUCACAGGCGGACGUGCGGAACGCUUGCAAAUGCAAAGGCACUUGAAAGGAUCAGCAGACAGGAAGCCAUCAAUCGAGGCUUCAAGAAGUGCAAAUGCUGUUACGGCAGUACUUGA